AUUGGGUUAUUCGAGUUGGGGUGUUACAUUUUGGUAUCAGAGCGUUCGAUAAAAAAAAAGAUUUUGGAAAUCAAAUUAAAAGAGUUUCAAACACAAGUCCGCAUCUCUGCCCGGGAAGGUAAAACAAUUGGUUUACAAUUUAAAUUAAUUAUGGAAUGAGUCAAGACUCGACUCACGGUCAGGCAAACCCUCACGCGGAGCCUGAGCACGUUAGUGUACAUACGGUGCACACUGAAGCAUCCAGUUAUGUGCCCCAGCAGCUGCAGCCUCAGCUAGAACCUCAGCCCGUUCCGGAGCAGUUCUCGGGUCAGAACCCGAAUUUAGCCAAUCCGAUGUUCCAACCACAAAUGGUUGCGAACAAGUUCCAGUUCUUCCAGCAGAUGGCUGGAGCGCACGUACCACCACCACCUUCUCCUUCUGCACUCAUUGUCUUGAUUGAGAAACUCAAGAGGAAUGGGGCGCAGGAAUUCUGUGGCGACCAGAUAGCGGACCCUCAAAUAGCCAAGCGUUGGCAAGAACGCACGGUGAGGGUACUCCAGACUUUGAAGGUACCUGUCGAGGAUUGGGGACAGCACGCCAUAUCCCUGUUGCAAGAUGCCGCCUAUGAUUGGUGGAAAAGGGUGGGCGCCAACAUUCCCGUGCCAGUACCAUGGACUACCUUCGAGCCACUCUUCAGAGCAGAGUAUGUGCCCGAUCACUAUUUUGACGGAUUGGCCGAGUUUGGUAAAGACUUGGUCAACACCGUGGAGAAGCGCUGCAAGAAGUUCAUCAAGGGUAUGAGACCAGACCUGUCGUCAACACUCAUAAUUGCUCCCCGAGCCGACAUCAACGAUGUCUAUAAGAAAGCUCUUGAGCUGAACGAGGAACUCAUCAGGAAAGCUGCGUAUGAACAGGCACUACUGGCAGAAAGUCAGGCCGUCCAUCCAGGCCCGAAAUUGGGGCAUGGAAGCAAGAGGACUUUCUCCGCACCGAGCAACUCUCGCCAUGAUAAGCGAGCGAAAUCUACUCCCUCUACAUCUGUGGCCGUCACUAGUAAGAACGGGAAGGAGAAGAUGACAUACCGUAAUCCAGCAGGUCACUUCCGGAACGAUUGCCCGACGAACCCUGGCAAGGCUUUCUCCACGGCACCAGGCACGCCGACUGCUCCUACUGUCCGAAGGGCCGAGCCUACCCAGAGUCAUCGUUCUACGGCUGCGUCCAACCAACCAAGGAAGCCAGCAACUAGUCAACAGCAGGGACGAGCACCAGCUCGUACAUAUGCCAUGCAAGGGCGUACAGAUCCGCAGGUUGAUGAUGUCAUCAUGGGUAUGUUCACUUUAUUUGAUAUCACGGUAUCUGCAUUAAUUGACCCUGGAUCUACCUUAUCAUACAUAUGUGUACCUAUGCCUGUUACAUCUGACAUCACUAAGGAAACUCUUGAGUAUCCGGUAGUUGUGUCGAACCCACUGGGACACAGUCUACGUCUCCAACAUGUCUAUAAUCAAUGUCCGUUGAUGGCUCAAGGAAGAAUAUUCUUGGCCGAUCUCAUUGAACUCCCUCACAAGGAGUUUGACGUUAUACUUGGCAUGGACUGGUUGUCAAAACACCAGGCUAUUGUUGAGUGCAAGGAACGAGUGGUGAAAGUUCGUACACGCGACGGUAACGAAGUAAUCAUUCGGGGAGAACUUCUCCCAAAAGCUCCAGAGUUUAUCUCUUUUAUGCAAGCAAAACGGCUCAUUCGCAGGAAAUGCGAAGCAUUCUUGUGCACUGUUAAGGAUAUACGGAAGGAAACACCUAACCAUAAGGACAUAUCUGUGGUUUGUGAUUUUCCUGAUGUAUUCCCUGAGGAACUUCCAGCAGCUCAGGAGGAAGAAAACCCAAAAAUACUCCAUUGUUAAGCCAAGAAGAAGAAGAAAGAGCAAGGAGAAACAUCGAAGUUUCUAAAAUCCUGAGUUAAAAAUGCAGCAGCAACUUCUUCGUAAAUUCUAUUCAUUCAAGCAAAGAAAAGAGGAAGAACUUCAACUCCAUUGGUGAAACAAGAAGAUGAAAUCAUCAUAAGUUUCUUCAAAAUCCUGGCAGCAGCAAACCGUCACCUUGUGAGCCAUUUUCAUAUAUCUUAACGUCAUUAUUUCAGUCUGAUUUCUGAACAAAAGUUGUAGCCUCGUGUCUCGCGAAUCCAACGCAUCAAACGGUUUGCGAUUUCGUUGAGAAACGAAGGAGAUANUAUACUUUAUUCCUAUCACUUCCGUCUUCAACGUUAUCAAGGUAACAAUACUGAUCAUGGAGCCCAUCCCGGAGGCCAAUGAGAGUGACGAGAUGUACGGACUGGUGGACCACAUUUAUGAUGCUUUAAUUAAAUAAAUACCUUUUCG